AUGAACCCAAUAACUAAGCCUGCUACCAGCACUUCCUUCAAUGCUUCUGUGAUUGAGAUUCCAAGGAAGCGCAAAGGAAGUGAUUCUGAUAACCAGGAUACAGUUGAAGUUGAUGGUGAUCCUCAGAAAAGGAGUGAAGAUGAGGAACAUGUUAAAAUAAAAGAUUUCAGAGAGGCUCACAGUCAAACAGAGAAACGAAGAAGAGACAAAAUGAAUAAUUUGAUAGAGGAAUUGUCUGCUAUGAUACCUCAGUGCAAUCCCAUGGCACGAAAGCUAGACAAGCUUACAGUGUUACGGAUGGCUGUGCAACACUUAAAAUCUUUAAAAGGUUCCACUAGCUCCUAUACAGAAGUCCGGUAUAAACCUUCAUUUUUAAAGGAUGAUGAGCUCCGACAGUUAAUCCUUAGGGCCGCAGAUGGAUUCCUAUUUGUGGUUGGAUGCAACAGAGGAAAAAUUCUGUUUGUCUCUGAAUCAGUUUGCAAAAUACUUAAUUAUGAUCAGGCCAGUUUAAUUGGACAAAGUUUGUUUGAUUACUUGCAUCCAAAAGAUGUUGCAAAAGUUAAGGAGCAACUUUCUUCUUCAGAUAUCUCUCCUAGGGAGAAGCUCGUAGAUGGGAAAACUGGCUUGCAAGUACACACAGAUUUUCAAGCUGGACCAGCUCGACUGAGUUCUGGUGCUCGACGUUCCUUCUUCUGUCGGAUAAAAUGUAGUAGAACCACAGUCAAAGAAGAAAAGGAGUGCUUGCCCAACCCAAAGAAGAAAGAUCACAGAAAAUAUUGUACCAUUCACUGUACUGGGUAUAUGAAGAAUUGGCCUCCUAAUGAGGUGGGAGUAGAAGAGGAAAAUGAUGUAGAAAAGGACAGUAGUAACUUUAACUGUCUUGUUGCAAUUGGGAGGUUACACCCUUAUAUUGUUCCACAAAAGAGUGGAGAGAUAAAAGUCAAAGCAACAGAAUUUGUUACACGAUUUGCCAUGGAUGGAAAAUUUGUUUAUGUAGAUCAGCGUGCAACAGCAAUUUUAGGCUAUCUGCCACAAGAGCUUCUAGGAACUUCUUGUUACGAGUACUGCCAUCAAGAUGACCACAGUCAUCUAGCUGAAAAACAUAAAGAAGUGUUGCAGAAUAAAGAAAAAGUAUUUACAAAUUCCUACAAAUUUAGAGCAAAAGAUGGGACUUUUGUUACUUUAAAGAGUCAGUGGUUUAGUUUCAUGAAUCCGUGGACCAAAGAACUGGAGUACAUUGUAUCAAACAACACUGUGGUAUUAGGUCAUAAUGAGUCAGCUGAAGAACAGGUCCCCCAUGGUUCCCAGCCUGCAGAAGAUGCUGUAAAACAGUCUUUAGUAAGUGUACCUGGAAUGUCCUCUGGAACAGUUCUUGGUGCUGGAAGUAUAGGAACCGAAAUUGCAAAUGAAAUAUUAGAAUUGCAAAGGUAAUGAAUGCUUAA